CCUAUCAAUCGCAAAAACGAGGAAGAGAAUAUGAUAAAUUAAAAUAUCCCAUCCAAAUAUAUUAGAACCAUAUCGCACCUCAUCUUAAACAAAAACCUCCAAUGACGUUCCUUCACAACAGUUACCAGGCAAGCGAGGAGACGGCGCAUCGCAGAAGGCGGGAUCGGGGAGGCAGCAGCGCGAAUGGGGACAGAUUGGGCCCUUAACCCUACAGGUGUUGUCAGAGGCACUUGGGGAACAGCACCCGCACCUGCCUGGUCUCACUAAUGCAAAUGCGCUCGAGAUUUGUGCUCAUGUUACAGAUCUAUCUCUCCAGUUUAAGGGUUUAGGCAGCCUCGACUUCAUGUGGAUGUUCCGCGCCCUCACCAAGCUGGAACUUAGUAACAACAGCAUUACGGUCAUCAGAGGCCUUGAGAAACUUACACGUCUGACCUGGCUUGACCUUUCCUUCAACCAGAUCGAGCGUAUAAAUGGUCUGAGCGAAUUGCACGAGCUGGAGGUCCUGGCGCUGCACAACAACCAGCUGGAUCGCGUUGACAGGAGGUCGCUGCUUGCCCUCUCGAAACUGCAGGUCCUCACACUCGCCAACAACAACCUCUCGGAUAUUAAUGAUGUCAGGUCACUUCGCGUACUGGAAGAACUAGCGAGCGUGACCUUAGCAGGGAACCCCAUGUGUGACUCGCGCUAUCCUAACUUCGUCUUGGCUCACCUGCCCCGCCUGGCUUACCUGGACCAGCGGCGUGUCACCCCAGCUGCUCACGCCGAGGCUGCCCUUCAGUACAAAUCGGAAGUGUCUGUCGUCGAAGCGCAAGAAGAAAAAGGGAAAGUGAAGGAACGAGAGGCAGCUGAAGCAAGGAAGUCCCAGGAGGAACACAGGAGAGCCGGGGUCCUGGCGCUUAACGACGGGUCUCUCUUCACAAGGAUGUUCAGGGGCGAUAAGGACAUGGGUGUUCUCCUACAGCUGCAAGGGAUACAUCCUGUCAUGGCCAAGUACCGCGACCAGUUCAAUGCUGUGUGCAUGAAAGUGUUCAAUGCUGGCCUGGCGCAUGAGGAACAGAGGCAAUCCGAGUUGGAGUUGCUGCACGAUGCUCUACAUCUGGCCAAGAGAGACGCCGAUUGUUAUGCCAGAGGAGUGGUGAAGAAGCUUGAAUCCCAAGUAGAGGAAGUGCUGAAGACGGCUCAUGAACUGCGAGAAGCUGAGGAGGCCAGCCUAGGCGAUGACCAGGAAGCCCAUGCAGCCCGAGUGACGAAGACUGUGGCACUUAAAGAAGAAUUCGAAUCCAAUAUUUGUACCAUCACCCAAGACCUCCUGAAUGCUGAGGUUACGCUGGCUGAUCAAAUCAAGGACGUAGUAGGACGGGCCAGGGAGGAGCUGGGUACUCUGGUUGGAAACUUCCUGGAAGAGGCCGCUGCCGAGCUCCAAGAAGGGCGUCGACUUGCCUAUUCCUUCUACUGUCGCCUGAGGGAACUAACGUCUAAGGUAGAGCUUCAUGGCGGCGUGAGCUCUGAAGAAGCGGACCCGAGGGCAGCGAAGGUGUUCGAAGGCGGAGACACCCUGACGGCGGCGCUGGCGGGGAUUCACGAUCGUCACUUGGCCCUUAUAGAUGCCAGGGAAAGUGACCUGCAAGACCACCUUCACCAGUGGCUCACAGACACUUUGAAUCAUAUUGAGAAGAUGGAGUGGGCAAGACAUCGCAGUCGAGUUGAGGAAAUUACGACCCUCACGGCGAGACAGAGGCAGCUUGUGUAUGACGCCAUGCCGCUUUUGCAUGACUAACAUCAACAGGAACUGAGUGGCUGGUGCUGACAAACUGAUACGUACCACCUGUGAACCAGCGCUGAGUGUGACGCAUAGGGAUUCUAAAAGAAAAAUAAACUAAUUUUAAAUUGAGAUCGUUCACAUAUUUUGCACGCAUCCAUAUCGAGAUACGUUAUACACCAGGUUGUGAAUGAAUAUAUUAACUUUGACAUUUCUUUUUAAUGUCUGUGUUUUCAAAUAAAUGAAUGAAAAAGU